UCCAGCACAUAAAUGAACUGCCGAUGAAACUGGACAUCGGGGCCAUCCUCAAGAAAGCUGAAGCUAUAUGUCUACAGCUGAAGAGUUGUAAGGUAUGUAUCCAUAGAUGGAUGUCGUAUCUUCAGAACGUUUGUCCUUACAGUAUAUUCUGAAAUACAUACAUGGGUUUGCUGAGUGCUGAAAGGGAAAGGAGUUGAGAUAGGAUUGGUUUGGAUUGGUUUGCACAGUUGCCAGUAGAAGGGUGUGUAUUGGGUUCAAAGGGGGUUUUCAACACAACCCUCGUUAACUCUUUAUAGGAUUUUCCCAACUCAGUGGUAGAAAUACACAGGGGGUGUGAGUAAAUGCAUUUGAAACUAACCCUCAUUAAAAUGUGUCUGUGACAUACGUUUUAAAUAGUUUUCUUCUGAUGAUAUCCUGAUUUGUGUCCGACUCCAUCGCAGAACAUUAGAUACCUUCAGAAUGUUUGCGCCUGUAUUCUGAAACACUUAUUGAACUCCGCUAUGAAUAUCGGUACAAUCAAAUCUAACACUCUUCAACACCUUGUUAUUGACCUACGGUUCUAUCCGGAUCUUUAAUCUCAUCAUGUUUAUUGUCUGUGUAGGACUUGCCCGACUCAGUGGUUGAGAUCCUUGGAUUCAACAGCACAAAGACCGAGUCAUCAUCCCAGUCAGAGGACAUGGAGAGAAUGGACAGGGACUCUCCAGAACCUUCUACACCGUCAGACCACCAGCAGGACUUAGUCUCUGACUACAGCCCCAGCGGCAGCAACAGACACUUACGGGACGCGGCGCGUGACGUUUACAAAUUAGCCUACAUAUCGUAGCCAGCCUGGCUAACAAGUAGUCUCUCGUGCAGUGAGAGAUUUGGUUCUGGUUGCGGAGAUUGGGCUCACGGCCGAGUGAAAAAGGUGUGCUUCCUCUCUCCAACCUCACAGACAGAGGAGAGCUGGGAAACAGCUUCUCAGGGCGACAUUAUAAUCGAGCCCAGGAGGUAUUCAUUCAAAGGACGUUUUUGCAAAUCAAAUAAUUUUUGUAAUGAUUCUCAUUCUUCUUGCUAGAGGUGGAUAUUCGUGUUUUUAGGAGAUUGCUCCUUAUUGCUCCUGACUCCAAGGUAUUGGGUUUGAUUUUUUUUUUCCUCAUUGCUUUGUGUUAGUCGCUCCUGAAUCGUGUGAAUAGUCAAAUGAACGCUUAAGGAGUUGACGUGGUUUAAAUAGAGGUGGAAGGCCUGAGGAAUGGAUAAAGUUUUAUAUAAACAGGGGUUAUUACAUCUCACUGUAGUAUUCAGCUAUUAGGAGCCCUAGGUGUAAUUAAAUUAUAACCCCUUAAUGAAGAAGUGGCUGUAUUAUCUCAAGGCAAGGCCACUCUCCUCUGCCAACUGAAUAUGAUUAUCUACCCUGCUGCCCAAUGACAUGGAUUAUACAUAGUGUACAAAACACCUGCUCUUUCCAUGACGUAGACUGGCCAGGUGAA